AGGAGAAGGAGUGGCUAUUUAAAUACGAGGGUUCUCAAUUUCCAAAAACCCAAGCCCAAACCCUCAUCAUCCUCGUCUAUCAAACUUUCUUCUUCACCGAUCUGAGACUUCGAACCUCAAAUCGAUAAUGGGAAGAGGAAAGUUCAAAGGAAAGCCCACUGGCCACCGCAACUUCUCCACUCCCGAAGAGCUUCGUGCAGGUACCUCUGCUCGACCACGCAGUUUUAAAAGGGAAGAAGUUGCAGAGGAGGAAGAAGUAGAGUCUGAAGAGGAGGAGGAGGAAGAAGAAGAAGAAGAAUCUGAAAAGAGGAAGGGAACUCAGGGACUUAUUGAGAUUGAAAAUCCCAAUGUGGCGAAAUCUAAGAAUGUGAAGGCCAAAAAUGCAGAUAUUGAGAAAACAAGCGAACUCUCGAGGCGUGAAAGAGAGGAGAUAGAGAAGCAAAAAGCUCAUGAGCGAUACAUGAGGCUGCAAGAGCAAGGAAAAACAGAACAAGCAAAAAAAGAUUUAGAACGCUUAGCCAUGAUAAGGCAACAAAGGGCAGAGGCUGCUAAGAAGCGAGAAGAAGAAAAGGCUGCCAAGGAGCAGAAAAAGGCAGAGGCACGCAAGUAAAAAUAGGUUGUGAAGACUUCCAGUUUGAUAGUCUUGGCUGUUCUCCCCUCACCUCCCCCUCUUUUAUUUUAAUAAUUUAAGUUUGACCUUUUUAUCUGUAACCUAAAGCUAAUUUCAGAUUGCCUUAAAAGGCUGUUACUAUUAUUUAUCAUUGUAAGGAAAUGACAAAGGUUAAAUGACUGAAGUUAAUGCUACCCAUUUUAAGAAAAAACAAUGGCUGCAAUAUGAGGAUUUCUUGAAUU